GUUUUGAUUUCACUGACACUGUGACACAUAUCGGCAGUGGAUUGCGACCCCACACACGACACACACGGCCUUGCUUCCAGUGUUACCAGCCGUCGUCGCCUCUGCUGCUUCCAUCCGAACGGUCCACGAUGGUCCUCGGGGUGUGGGGUUGUACUGCCGCUGCUUUUGGCGUGCAGGUUGUCGCUGGCGCAGUCGCCGUCGCCCUGCAAACGGAGAAAUUCUUUGACUUGGUCGGCUCCUUGACCUACGCCCUUCUUGUCUACCUCACUUAUCCGGGCGUGGGUGCUGCUUCGGUGCAAGCCACACUUGUGAGCGGCGCUGUGCUGCUUUGCCGCGUGUACCUGUCGGGAUUCCUCUUCUACCGCGUGCUGCACCACAACGGCGACCGCCGCUUCGCCAAGGUCAAGAAGAACCCAAAGCGGUUCUUCUUCUUCUGGAUCAUGCAGGGCCUGUGGACCAUCGUCACCUUUCUGCCCGUCAUCUUCGUCAACACAGCCACAACGAGCACGAGCGACGCACAGCUGCAGCCCAUCGACAUGCUCGGGCUGGUUGUGUUUGCUGUUGGCCUUGUCAUCGAGGUGGUGGCAGACGUGCAGAAGUUCUCCUUCCGCUCUCACGCUGCAAACGCAGACAAGUUCAUCACCACGGGUCUCUGGAGCAUCUCCCGCCAUCCAAACUACUUUGGCGAGAUUCUGGUGUGGGUUGGCAUCUACAUCGCCUCGUUCUCUGUGCUCAGCGGGUGGCAGCACGUCGCUGUUGCGUCGCCGCUGUUCACGGUCUGGCUCCUCACCUCUGUCAGCGGCAUUCCCAUCUUGGAGCGCAUGGCCAACAAGCGCUGGGGCGCGCUGCCCGAAUACGUGGCCUACCGCGACAGCACCGCCGUCCUCAUCCCCUUUGUCUGGUGAUGUGAACUGAUGUGUGUGUGUGUGUGCGCGCGUGUGUGCGCGUGUGCAUGUGUGCGUGUGUAUGUGUGUGCAUGUGUGCGCAUGUGUGCAUGUACAUGUGUUUGCAUGUGUGUGUGUGUAUGUGUGCGCAUGUGCGCGUGUGCAUGGACAUGUGUGUGCAUGUGUGUGUGUAUGUGUGCGCGUGUGGAGUUCUUCACCUUCGCGCCAUCGCGGUGCCGACAAUUGGCGGAAGUCUUCAAUUAAAUUUCAGUAACCGCCA